AUGGCCCCGGCGACCAGCUCCCUCCUCGUCCUGUGGCUCUGCGCCGUCGCGACCACCGCGUUGGCCCAUGGCGGCGCCGGAGACGGCGACGCGGACGCGGACAGGGGCGGCAAGAAGCCGGACCUGCGGGCGCCGGGGCUGGUGGUGGCGAAGCUGUGGUGCCUGACGGUGGUGUUCGUGGGCACGAUGGCCGGCGGCGUGUCCCCCUACUUCAUGCGGUGGAACGAGGCGUUCCUGGUGCUGGGCACGCAGUUCGCCGGUGGGGUUUUCCUCGGCACCGCCAUGAUGCACUUCCUCAGCGACGCCAACGAGACCUUCCAGGACCUCGUACCGGACAAGGCCUACCCGUUCGCCUUCAUGCUCGCCUGCGCCGGGUACGUCCUCACCAUGCUCGCCGAGUGCGCCAUCUCCUUCGUCGUCGCGCGCGGCCGGACAAAGCCCGCCGCCACCGUUGCAGGAGCGCUGGAGGAGGGCAAGCUGAGCAGCCCCAGUGGCAACGGCUCCGAAACACAAGCCGCUGACGCACACGGCGAUCACUCCGCGGCAUCCAUGCUGCGCAACGCCAGCACCCUCGGCGACAGCAUACUCCUCAUCGCGGCUCUCUGUUUCCACUCCGUCUUCGAAGGCAUCGCCAUCGGAGUCGCCGAGACGAAAGCCGACGCAUGGAAGGCGCUUUGGACCGUCAGCCUGCAUAAGAUCUUCGCAGCGAUCGCCAUGGGCAUCGCCCUGCUCCGCAUGCUCCCCAAUCGCCCCCUCUUCUCCUGCAUCGCCUACGCGUUCGCCUUUGCCAUCUCCAGCCCCAUCGGCGUAGGCAUCGGCAUCGUUAUCGACGCAACCACGCAGGGCAAGGUGGCGGACUGGGUCUUCGCCAUCUCCAUGGGCCUCGCCACGGGCAUCUUCAUCUACGUCUCCGUCAACCACCUCCUCUCCAAGGGGUACAAGCCUCAGAGGCCCGUCGCCGCCGACACGCCUCUUGGGCGGUGGCUCGCCGUCGUGUUCGGCGUCGGUGUCAUCGCUGUCGUCAUGAUAUGGGACACCUGA